AUGCGUCCUGAAUCCGCUGUGGUUGUCUUGGCUGCUUGCCUCUACUUUGGUCGCAGCAAUGCCAACGACCUGGCACCGCGAUGCGCUGUCAACUGUGCCUCGAACAUCAGAAACGACAAGGGAGCACUCGACCUCAAGACCAUCUGUGGUGACAAGCUCAUGACAAACUCUCUCUUCCAAUGCCUCAUCGGCGCCUGUCCCCAGUACGACUAUGGCCCAGCGGUGGCACAUGUCGUCCUCGCAUGUUCCGACCUGGGCAUGAGCAUUGGGCCACUGCAUCCCGUCGAGGUCCAGCACGUCGACCUGGAGAAGCCUCAGUAUCUUCCCACCCCAUCGAUCCCUCCUGCGUACAGCACGCCUGGUGAUGCAUCUCAGCCAGAUGCCGACCAUUUGACAUUGUCUUUUGACAUCUCCAUUGAUUUGAAGUGCAAUUCCGGGCCCGACGGUCUUGUCACUGUGUCUCUCCCUCCACCCGCCCCAUCUACGCCUGCCACUUCUCCUACACCACCACCUCCUGUCUCCAGUCCUGCUACUGGUGAGGGUGAGGGUGAGGGUGAGGGCGAAGGCGAGAAUGGCAAUGGCGAAAAUGGCAAUGCUACGUCACCCGCUCCAGCCAAACCAACCAAGUCAACGGCUGAUCCUUCCACGACCUCUUCUUGCCCACCAGACUCCACGCCAUCAAACUCUCAUGGCCCUGACGGUGGGCAAGAUCCUUCACAGCCAACUGAUCUCGGUGAGCACGGUGGCCCUGCGGUGACCUCGGCGCCCUCGGCGGCCCCAGGGGGAGGCAAUCCUUCGUCUCCAGCCUCGACAUCUCCAUGCUCGACUGCUUCUCAAGGUACCGGUGGCCUUGAUCCUCAGGAUCCAAACCAGCCUGGUCAUUCAAACAACUCUGCCGGGGGAUCUUCUCAUCCACCCAACGGCGGCGAUGGCCCUGAGGCCACAGCAACCUCCAGCGCUGUCACGCCCGUGCCUGUUUCCCCAAUUCCAACCCCGGCAUCAAGCCCUUGUUCGGCAACAGACGAUGCCGAGAUGUCAGCCAAUCCAAUCCCAGGACCUCAGGAAUCCAAGACCGCAGAGCCUACAACUGUGGCUCAACCGUCUCCGCUGCCUUCUCCUUCUUCGCCACCUGCUGCCACCAGUUUGGUAGAUCCGGUACCGGCAUCUAUUAUCCAUCCCGCGCCCCCAUCCCCGUCUUCCUCAGCUGAAGCGGCAGAUCCGUCAGGCGCCAACCCACCAGAAUACACAAACGCGGGAUCUGGUGAGCAGACUCCUGACAAGAGCUCUUCCAUUCCACAGGAAGGCCUCAGCUCAGGGGCGCAGGCACCAUCGUAUGGGCAAGGCACCUUAUCAUCACUGGCACAAAAUCCAGAUAGCCAAACAGAUGACCUCGCUGUGGAAACCGCAGAAAGCAAGCCUACUGGCAAGACAGCCGAGCCUUCGGUGACCACUCUUUGGCCAACUGCCAAACCUAAUCGGACAUCAAGCACGGCAAGUCCAGAGACACAUGGUAAAUCAUCUACCACGACAUGCGAAUCUGAGGUCAAGGAGACAGUGACGACAGGACGCAUGCUAGUUGGUGAUGCUCAGCAAGACGAGCCAAUAGGUUCGGUCAUGGUCAAAAUCAACCGUCCUGGUGAGGCUGGUGCCGAGACGAUGCUCGUGACGGUUUGGGAGCCAGCUCCAGCAGCUACGGCAGCUUCCACAGACAUGAUCAGCAAUGUCGCUCAAUUGGCCAUUGGCAGCAGCGUGAUGGUGGAAUCAAUGGUUGACUCCGGUCACGUCGCUGAACCAAGCAGCCUUCCGACACAGAGCGGAUUCGCCAUGUCGAGGCCCACGACAGCUCGCGCUUCUGUGCCAUCCGAUAACGUGGUGACGGAGACAUCGUUUCCCCAAAUCGCAUUGGUCAACAGCGUUUCGAAGCUAACACCACAGCUUUGCACCAUUGCUCUGCUCAUCAUCCUCGUCGGUGGGAUAUUGAUGAGCUGA